AGCAGGAGUAGCGCCGGGAGUGGGAACGCCGCACAGUGCCAAGUCCCCGGCUCCCGCUCCCGACUCCUGGCUCCCGGUGCCCAAUCCCGGGCCGCAGCCAUGAACGGCGAGGAGCAGUACUACGCGGCCACGCAGCUUUACAAGGACCCAUGCGCGUUCCAGCGAGGCCCGGCGCCGGAGUUCAGCGCCAGCCCCCCUGCGUGCCUGUACAUGGGCCGCCAGCCCCCUCCGCCGCCGCCGCACCCGUUCCCUGGCGCCCUGGGCGCGCUGGAGCAGGGCAGCCCCCCGGACAUCUCCCCGUACGAGGUGCCCCCCCUCGCCGACGACCCCGCGGUGGCGCACCUUCACCACCACCUCCCGGCUCAACUCGCGCUCCCCCACCCGCCCGCCGGGCCCUUCCCGGAGGGAACCGAGCCGGGCGUCCUGGAGGAGCCCAACCGCGUCCAGCUGCCUUUCCCAUGGAUGAAGUCUACCAAAGCUCACGCGUGGAAAGGCCAGUGGGCAGGCGGCGCCUACGCGGCGGAGCCGGAGGAGAACAAGCGGACGCGCACGGCCUACACGCGAGCACAGCUGCUAGAGCUGGAGAAGGAGUUCCUAUUCAACAAGUACAUCUCACGGCCGCGCCGGGUGGAACUGGCUGUCAUGUUGAACUUGACCGAGAGACACAUCAAGAUCUGGUUCCAAAACCGCCGCAUGAAGUGGAAAAAGGAGGAGGACAAGAAGCGCGGCGGCGGGACAGCGGUCGGGGGUGGCGGGGUCGCGGAGCCUGAGCAGGACUGCGCCGUUACCUCUGGCGAGGAGCUUCUGGCGCUGCCGCCGCCGCCGCCCCCCGGAGGUGCUGUGCCGCCCGCUGCCCCCGUUGCCGCCCGAGAGGGCCGCCUGCCGCCUGGCCUUAGCGCGUCGCCACAGCCCUCCAGCGUCGCGCCUCGGCGGCCGCAGGAACCGCGGUGAGAGGCAGGAGCUGCUCCUGGCUGAGCGGCUUCAACCACUCGCCAAGGAGGAGCAGAGGGCCUAGGAGGACCCCGGGCGUGGACCACCCGCCCUGGCAGUUGAAUGGGGCGGCAAUUGCGGGGCCCACCUUAGACCGAAGGGGACAACCCACUCUCUCAGGCGCAUGUGCCAGUUGGGGCCCCGCGGGUAGAUGCUGGCAGGCCUUCCGGAAGAAAAAGAGCCAUUGGUUUCUGUAGUAUUGGGGCCCUCUUUUAGUGAUACCGGAUUGGCGUUGUUUGUGGCUGUUGCGCACAUCCCUGACCGCCUACAGCACUCCACCUUGGGACCUGUUUGGAGAAGCCGACUCUUCAAAGACAAUGGAAACUGUACCAUACACAUUGGAAGGCUCCCUAACACACAGCGGGGAAGCUGGGCCGAGUGCCUUAAUCUGCCCAUCAAGCCAUUCUUACUCGGGCGACCCCUUUAAGUUUAGAAAUAAUUGAAAGGAAAUGUUUGAGUUUUCAAAGAUCCCGUGAAAUUGAUGCCAGUGGAAUACAGUGAGUCCUCCUCUUC